UGACGACGUCUACACUCGCUGUGUCGAUUCCGUCGACAGAAGGUCUGACAAGCUGGCAGGAUUCACGUCCCGCAUUAAUCCUACGGAAAUGUCCCUUCCAAUGACAAAUAUUCAUAAUGGAAAUGGGUCCACUUUCCAAAUGAACCGAGCCGAUCGACCUGACGAUAUUCGGAAUCGCAUAAUUGGAGCAGAAAAUGCGAAUACAGAUGAUGCUACAACAUGUGGGAAGAUUCUGGUAGGACUUUCAUGGGUUGUGGUCGUCUUGACUAUGCCAUUUUCUCUCUUUGUAUGCUUCAAGGUGGUGCAAGAAUACGAAAGAGCUGUAAUAUUCCGAUUAGGUCGACUGUUGUCCGGAGGGGCAAAAGGUCCAGGUAUUUUCUUCAUUUUACCCUGCAUCGAUGCUUAUGCAAGAGUUGAUCUUCGAACUCGGACCUACGACGUACCCCCACAAGAGGUUCUCACAAAAGACAGCGUGACUGUUUCGGUGGAUGCUGUUGUGUACUACAGGGUGCACAACGCGACAAUUUCGAUUGCAAACGUGGAAAAUGCUCAUCACAGCACGAGACUUCUUGCUCAAACUACUUUACGCAACACGAUGGGAACACGACCUCUUCAUGAAAUUUUAAGCGAACGAGAAACUAUUUCAGGAACCAUGCAGACUUCAUUAGACGAAGCUACUGACACUUGGGGUAUUAAAGUCGAGAGAGUCGAGAUUAAGGAUGUUCGUCUACCAGUCCAACUACAAAGAGCCAUGGCUGCUGAAGCAGAAGCUGCACGUGAAGCUCGAGCUAAGGUGAUUGCUGCUGAAGGAGAACAAAAAGCGAGCAGAGCUUUACGAGAGGCUUCUGAAGUGAUUGGCGAUUCCCCGGCGGCACUGCAACUUCGCUAUCUCCAGACUCUCAACACAAUCUCAGCAGAGAAAAAUUCGACCAUCGUAUUCCCACUGCCUAUCGAUAUGAUAACAUACUUUAUGAGAGCCAAGGAAGCGGUGCAUUCGACAUAAAACGAAAGCCCUUCGAAUCGCGAGAAAAAAUGCUCACCAAAUUUGGAGAAACCUUCAAAUUUUGUUCGAAAGCCGGAAAAUGGUCUAGUACCAGUCUCAGAGAAAAAUCGAGUACCAGUCUCAGUGAAAACUCAUGUACCUGCACACACCGUGAAAAGUCAUUUACAAAGGCAAGACUUCGCACAAAGGCAGAAUCGAAGUUGCGCACCAAAUUUGAAGCAAAUUUGCAUAGCUAAUACUCGCAAACAGGUUUUUAUAGAAAAUGAAAGACUUUCUACAACUAGAAUCUACUAUAUUCGCCCAACAGCUCACAGCUUUCUCAAAGCUUGCGAUGCCAAGGAUAUAUUAAACGAAUAACUUGAACAAUUUGCCGACUAAACAACCAAUAUUGAACCGAGGGUAAACUUUAAGGCAUUUUGCAAAAUCUCUUGGGUUCUAAUUGAUUGUCAUGAGCCAGAAAAUUUUUUUUUGACUCAUUUCAAUUGGUCAUACUUAGAGUUUUUCAAUUUUAUACCAAAAUAACAAAAUAGAGACAUUAUGCCAGAGAAUCUGGAGGUCCUGGUUUCAGUUUAAAGCUGCAAGGCCUUCUUCAACCCAAGGCAAAACAGUCAUGUUCAACUAUUCAUCUUUCGAUGGUUUUACAAUCGGCUAUCCAAAAAAUUCUACAUUGAAAAUAUUGCAAUUCAAAUUUAAGUUUAAUAAUUUAAAUGCAACGAUUAAAUAUCAAACCGAGAAACGAAAUCAUCCACUUCGUCGACUUAUAAGUUUUGCAAGAUCUUUAAUCUAAAAAAAAUGUAUAAAUCGAUGGAAGCCGAUCUUGUUGAAAAUUUGUCAAAGAUUAUUUACGCUUAAUAAACUAAUAUAAAUUCAACGUGUUGACAUCAGGCGUGUAUCUCAAAAUCUGCACACUGAUUAAUAAGUGUUGGAUUUUAAAUACGUUUAGCUACCGAAUAAACGAGAGAAAAUACCAGGCUUGAAAACCUAUCUUUUAUCUAAUUCACGAAAAUCGUUUGCUGAUCACUUUUAAAGAGUUUGAAAUCGCAAAAAAACUGAUAUCUUUUCUAACAAGCCACACUACGGGAAAAUAUUUUUUUACGGCACUCAUUUUAAAUAUGUUGCAAAGUCUUUCUAAUUUAAAACGCAAAAGAGUUUUUAAAAACGAGAAUGAAUGAAAGUCUGUAAACUUGUAAUAUAAUUUUUUAUGUAGUUCAAUGUACCUUACAAAUGAUGAAAAUGUUAUUUUCAACGUGCAAUCUUAGUUUCUCACUCGAAAAGUUAUCUCUGUUGAUUAUAUAUUUUUAGACUAAGUUAUUUUAAAAAUGUUUAAAAGUUGUGAUACUCCAAAUGGUAUUAUAAUCCGAUUUUUAUUAAUUACAACGGUAAUUACAACGGAGUCUUAUAAAAGCAAGAAGUGCAUUUAUUGACUGUAAAUACUUGAGUUCUGUAUUGAACUUAAAUUUUAUUUCAGCUAGAUGAACAAUUUUAAAACAAGGUAUUAGGUUGCAAACAUCGAAUCAGCCGCCUUUCUAAAAAGCAUUUUGUAACUUCGAAUUGAGCGCACUUGAACCAAACAUAGUUCUGUAAAUAUUUGAAAAGUUUCCUACUUAUUUAACGGAUAGAUGCAAAAAUUGUAAAGGAGCUUUCACUUCAUAAUUAUGUAUUGAGAGUUGAAACCCCCAAAGGAAAAAUCGCAUUAAGUGGUUUUAGUUAACGAAACGAGAAUAUGGUUCAUCAAAUAAUUUUUGUUUUUGUGAAUUAUAUACAACCUGUCUCAAAUAAUGUAUUUUCCUACUUCAGUUGUGUGUACAUUACCAAAUAAAAAGACUUGAGACG